GUGUUGGGCAAAAAGUUUCAGAUGUGCAUUUUAAUACCCGGAUGCCGGGUUGUGAUUGGGCUCUAGAUGCUCGUGCAUGGCUAUAUAAAGGGCGACCUGCGCUCCUGUCAUGCACGCGAGAAGGGAAAUUGGCGAGUAUAGGAUCUGCACACGCUGCACACAAACAUAGACACAUAGACACACACACACACACACACACACACACACACACACACACACACACACACACACACACACACACACGCACGCACACACACACAUGCACAGAGAGCGAGAGAGAGUCUUGAUUAUUGCUGGCUGCACGACACGAAUUUAGUCAGCGAUUUAUUUUUCAUCUGCCACAGCACAGAUUUGCACGAGAUCAUCAUCCCUGUCAAAAAAAAAAAAGCGUGCAUCGGCGUGUUAACAGGAGGCAGAGGACCUCGAGCCGUUAUUCUUCUUAAUAAGAGAAUUCAGGAAAGCCUCAAGAGAUGCCACAAAGGAGCGGACUUUGGUUGCUGCUGCUGCUGCUGCUGCUCGUGCUACUGCUCGGGUUGCUGGUCGUCGCAUCGGCGCACGAGCAGGACGUGAACGAAUCGUACUCGCCGCGGAGAGCGCGCGCCUCCGCCAACAGCCCCGCGGAUGUGGUUCGCUGUUUGAAUAGUGCCCUUCAAGUGGGCUGUGGUGCCUUUGCUUGUCUGGAGAACUCCACGUGUGACACAGAUGGAAUGCAUGACAUCUGCAAGUCCUUUCUCUACAGUGCUGCUAAAUUUGACACUCAGGGCAAGGCCUUUGUGAAGGAGAGCCUGAAGUGCAUCGCCAAUGGCAUCACCUCAAAGGUCUUUCUUACUGUGCGCCGUUGUUCCACUUUCCAGCGGAUGAUCUCGGAGGUCCAGGAGGAGUGCUACACCAAGCUGGACAUCUGCACUGUGGCCAGGUCAAACCCAGAAGCCAUUGCGGAUGUAGCUCAACUGCCCAGCCACUUCCCUAACAAGUUCUAUGGAAAGCUGCUGCAGAGUUUAAUGGACUGUGACGAGGAAACGGUCGACCUGUUGAGGGUGAAUCUGAUGGCUCGGUUAGGGCCUGAGAUAGCCAUGCUCUUCCAGCUACUGCAGAACAAGCCUUGCCCAUCCACUGCUGUGCCCGCUGGGGCAGAGACUCGUGGAGGCUGGCACUGGCCCGCCAGUCCCCACCCACACAAGAACCAGCCUCAUCUACGCAACAGGGACACGGCCAAUCUCUUCAGCAAGAAACGUAACAUGGAUAACAGCUCUUAACCCAGACCAUGAUUCUUGGUUCGAAUCUAGAGGUUGUGCACAAUUUUGCUAAAUGAAAACAAACAAACAAACAAAACAUAUUAGUGGCUCAUUCACCAUCAGAACGCAGGAAUAACAUUAAUUCUCUUGAACGGGAAAGAGGGGGAAAAAUGCACCUAUAUGAAAAUAGCUUGAAUGUCAAAUGUUUAUGUUUAUCAACUUUAGAUUUGAUUUAUAUUGUCAUUAUAUUGAAUUUCAAGGGACUAGUUUACCAGCUAAGCUUUUUUCUUUCAUAUUUAGAGACUGAUCUAAGCACAGUUUAAAGUCUCUUUUACAAGCUCAGUGUAAAAUCUCUUUAAAAAAAAAAAUAUUCAGGCCAUUGUGUAGAGAGUUCUUAGAUAGAUAUAUUAUUUUCAUGAAAAGUAUCUAAAGAAAAAAAACGAAAAUAAUACCAUCGAUAUAGAAACAUUUAUAUACCUAUACAACCGAUAUAUCUUAAAAAGGUUACAACAAAGAAAAUAUGUGUAUAUAUACUGAAUAUAUUGUUAAUGUGAAAUAGUUGGCAUGUGCUAUAAAUAUGAGAGUGUACUAUUUAUUUAUUAACAGAAAAUUUUACUAUUUUUAGAUGUUAAAUCGCCACUAGAUCUUAAAUUGCCACUAGCCUUUUUUUGUGAACGCUCACUCGUUGGGUGAGGGAUAUCUUUCAAAAGAAAAUCUGCAGGAAUUCAUUAUAAAAGACCAAAAAAAAAAAAAGACACUAAGAUUUACUCCAGAUGCCAUAUCUCAUAGACCCUGCGUCCAGUAACAUUAGGUGUCAUGACUAAAAAUCAUUUUUUACAUAACCGAUUAGAAAUCUGAAUGGAAGGUGAUCAUUUAGUAGAUAUUAUUUUUCUAUUCAAGAAAAAAACAAAAAAACAAACAGCAACGUUUGUUGCUAACCCUCGAGUGCAAUGCUAGUGUCACAUGAAAUUCUGAAACCAUAGCCAGACGUAACGGACGGAUGAACAACUUGCUCCCUGGUGAAUAUGACGUACAGAGGUGGGGUCGAGCGUGCGAGUGCUGCGAAGCAAACCAAGAUGUCUAUUUAAGAAAAGAGCCUUUUGGGUUUAUUCCUAUUUAUUUUGCUACUAUAUUAUUUAAGUGUUUAUUUUAUUUCAUUUCUGUAGAUAUUCUGUGAUAAGUCAAUUAGAGGUGUUUUUCUUUUCUUUUUCUUUUAUUCUUUUCUCUUUUUCUGUUAGUACCUGUGGCAUUGUACCGAUUUUUUUUAUUUUUUUAUUUUUUUAGAUUUAUAUUCUAUUUCUUAGGCUUUUUUUCUUUCCUUUCUAUCGAGAUGAGACCCAUGUAAUGACUCUGUGCUGGUCAUGGGGGAACACGUUGGUCAUUUGAGUCAACUGCGAGUGUUGUAUGGGACCACUAUAAAGGGUGUUGCGAGCAUUGCCACUUACUGUGUAUUUUGUGCAGGGUCAACAAUAGACUGUUGCUUUAGAGUUAUUUUCAGCUUUAAUAAAAUUCUGCCUGUGUUAGGGAGAGAAAAGACAAAUAUUAACAUCCAGUAUUUUAACGCACUGCUGGUUUAUUUUGUACAUGAAGGGUGGCUUUAAGCUCCUGUACAAUACAUCUAUAGUUAGCACAAACGGUUCAAACUGGAACAGUCACUGCAAAGUGUUUUCUGGAGCCAUUCUUGACACUAUGCAAUAUACAAUGUUUAUGAAAAGGCCUAUUUUUUCUCUCUCUCUCUCUCAGAGUGUUUACCCGGAGUGGAAGAGUAGACAUCUCUGUUUAAGUGCUUAGUGUAGAAGUGAAGAUAAACCAAGAAAGGUGGGGAGGGGGGGGAACGGGGCAGUAGAGUUGUUAGAGGCAAAGCCCAUGAAGAUACUGUCAUAUCUAAUAAAACUGCCACCGAAACUUUCUACUCUAUAAAAUAAGAUGUACUUGAAGAACAAGACCAUUCCAGUAGAAAUUAAACAAGGGUCGGUUUUUGAUAUGUAAAGUCAAAGACUUUAAGCUUAGCUGUUAAACGGUGCCAUCGUGGCUUUAGUGAUGGAGCAGUUUGGGCCCAAUGAGGAAUCAAAUGAAAAGAUUCAAGCACAGGAUGCAGUGUUAAUUUUGCCACCGGUUUCAGUCUCGAGUCAGAUCGCCGAUUUGACUUUUUUCAUACGCGAAUUGCUGCCAGACUUUAUGUUGAGUUCACGGGCUUGUUAGCAUACUACCUUAAGUCAAACUUUUUUUUUUUUUAAAUGUCCUCAUGAGUCACCGUCCGUUUUCGUUGUUCUCGUCCGCAAAAUUGACACUGGCAGUGGCAAUGACUGUUUUUUCUUAAAACCAAAUGAUGUGCACAUUUAAAAUAAACUCACCAAACUAUGCAAUAAUUCCUAGAAAGGUUUCAUGCUUAAAAGAAAUCCACAUUAUAGCGGCCCGAGCAAACGCUAGGGCCGGUCGACUUUGACUUUUAGACUACAGUAGAGCCUUUUACCUCCCCCCCCCCAAAUGAAUGGCAAUGUAACUCCCCCCCAGUCCCAAGUUGACUGUCUCUCCCUGUUUCUUCUCCCUGUUAAUUUAAAUAUCAGUGUGUGUAUGUAGUAAGAGACACAUUAAGAUGUGUCUUUAUAUGCACUUUCCUCUUUCCAUCUCUUAGGACCACUAAUAAAAGGGCAUUGAAACAAUCGAAACUCUUUUACCUUACGCAUGUUGGGCUCGACGUUUCAACAUUGAGCUAGAGAGACCAUUAUAGCUGUAUACUUGAGUAGCCAGGGAUGUAGUGUGAGUGACAUAUGUAGUGUGUUUGAGAGCCAAGUCUCUCCUUUCGUUUCGGGAUUAAGAGCGAUCUCUGUCUAUGAAACACCAAGGAACUUGCUGUACCAAACAGUUGCUGCUAAACCUAUUUCUAAGCCCACUGUGUUAAGUUUCAACAAUUUCUUUUUUCAGUUGUGCUUACCUUGAGAGAGUACUGUGUUGUCGCAAAGGAUUUAAAGGAUUAUAAUGCCUAAUAUGUAGAACAUCUGGGGUCUCAUUUAUCAGAGUGUGUAUAGGAGUUCUUGAGCGGUGCAACGGAUAAGCGCUCCAGAGAUUUCGAGUAGCGAGAUCGUGUAUGAGGAAGAGGGUAGAUAGCACGGCCGUGAGCGUUAGAGUUACGCAAGCAUGUGAUGCAGAUUGGAAUAAGGAUGUGGUGGAUGGCUUAACAUGUCUCAAGGAAGCACAUCCAGCCUUAUUCCUGUCAGCUCUGUAGUGGGUUGUGUGGUUAGUGAACAAGUACUAAUUCUUUGUAUAAGAACCUCCAGUCUGUUCUAAACAGUUGGAAUUUAUCCCAGGAAUGAAUGUUGAUAAAGCUUUAAAUUUAAAUUUAAAGCUUUAAAAAAAAUCCCCCAAAUAUUGUAAACAACAUGGCUAUAAUUUCCAUUUUUUUGAAUCCUUACAUUAUUGUUGAAAUAUUUCCUAUCAUAUUUGCUGAUAGUAUAUAUACUAAUAGAUUAGUGGAAAAUAAACUGUGUCCAAUUUCUUAUUAAAGUGUAAACUAAAAUCAUAUCUGGGCAACCCUAAUGAGUCUCUCAGUCGUUCUCAGCCAUGAUGUUCCCGCACACCUUAAAAGCAAGGUGUGAUGACACUUUUCUUCAGAUAAGAGUUUCUGAUUGUAGUUUUAGGUGCUUUCUGUGUUCCCGUAGAACUUUGUACGUGCACGGUUGAUAAAUGAGACCCUUGAUCUUUAUAGUACUAAUGGUGCCAUCAUUUACCCGUGUUUGUGGAAAGGGAGUGGCCGACCCAUCUCAGAGAAAAUCAUUGCUCUUUGGAGCAUGUGUGUAGCCAUGCCUAUUACAUACACACACACACACACACACACACACACACACACACACACACACACACACACACACACACACACACACACACACACACACACGCAUGCACGCACUACCCUUGGUAUGUCAUGGGACAUUGUGCACCUACAUCUAUGAUCUUUGGUUUCGUUUCAGCAGUGCACUUCUGGAUGAAUAUGUAUUCUGUUUUGUUUUGCCUACUACUUACACAGUUGCAUAUCGAUUAAGAAAAGUAAUAAUCGAUUGCAACGGAUUUUAAAAUGAGAAUGUAUUUGUUUCAAAAGUGUAUUGGUGUGAAGGGCUGGCUGAGGCCCUGAAAGUUUAUUACAGAUUUUUAGUUAGUUAUAAUGCACCAAAAACAGAUGAUGGGGGAAAAAAACAUCGUACUAUUCAAUUCUAUUAUUAUUGUAAUGAAGCAUUCAAAACAUGGGAUAUUCCCAAUUGUCAAAAAAAGUCCCAGUUACUGGAAAAUACCAUAUAGCUAAUGUAACAGCUCAAAUAUCAUAAUUUGUGUUUGCAAAUAAGUGAUUGUAUGUCACUUAUUCUUUAAUCCAGGGCACUAAGGACAGAAAAAAAAAAAGCUAGGCUCAAUCAGCCAUUAAACUGAAUGGUACUUUCUCAAAACUUGAAAUCUAUUGUUAUUAUAUUCACUGAUGUAUUUUAUUUGGAUAACCUGUCACGCUUAUUUUCCUCUCCCCUUUUUUUUUUCGUUAUUUAGUUUGAUUUUACCUAAUAGCUAAGAAUAUAAAAUAAAUAAAUAAAUAAAUAAAUAAAUAAAUAAAUAAAUAAAUAAAUAAAUAAAUAAAUAAAUAAAUAAAUAAAAGAAGCAGGUAAAUUUGUUUUGCAAGGCAUUCGAUGGAUUCGUUGUCCUAAUGUCCCUAAUGUUACGCAUGAUAGAACUUUGUGAUUGAUUUGCACUUUAUUAUACGCCCAUGCACAUAUAUACACUCGAGUAUAUGUGACGGGUUUCUCUGUGCUUACAGGUAAAGGAAGAUUCCAAUGCAUCAACUAUGUGUCUUUUACUGUGUAGAAAUAAACUAUGUUCAUA